AAAUAUAUCCAAUAAAAAUAAAUUUUUGCCAACUUGUCUCCAUCAUCGUCGUUAAUUAUUUGUUGUUUAAUUUAUGUAUCUUGUAAAAAAUAUAUAUUUGUAACAAAUCUAUUAAUGUAAAUUAACUAACAUUCAAUAAUAUAAACAAUUUCACACAAUGGCAUGGUUCAAUAGUGGAUUAAAUUCCAUCAAAGGACAAUUAUCGAAUUUGGCCCAAGAAGUCCUCGCUGAUGCUGAUCGUGAAGAAGAAACCAUAGACACUAUACAGGCUUUAGAUCAAGCACAAACCCAAUGCGAAGAAUUGGCCAAAAUAUGCUCCGAAAGAGAUUUGGAGAUAGCCUCACUUCGUAAGCAAAUUGCUGAAUUGCAAAGCAGAGUAUCUGAUACUAGCGUUAGUAGUGGCGAAAAAUCAACCAAGUCGGUUGGUCUAAAAAAUGUAUCCCUCGAAGACAGUUGGUAUUGGGCAGAUAAUGCAGCAACUAACUCAUCCGAAAGUGACAAUGAAAAGCGUCCCCCACAAGCUGAACGACUUAAGAAACUACAAAAACAAAAUAAAGCUUUGAAUGAGAAAAUUCUUCGACUUGAAGAAGAAAACAAUCAAUUGAAUGUAAAUCUAGAAGAACUAGAUACUGAACAUCAAUUAGCAAUUCAGAAUGUUUUAGAAUUAAAGUCGGACAUUCAGCAAAAGUACACUGCUCUAAGCAGUGACUAUGAAGCCUUGAAAAAAGAGCAUGCUAGUAAAUUUUUAAGCACAGAAAAUGAUAUUGAAUCGUUGCGUAAGAAAUAUGAUAAUCUUCAAGUUUCCUACACAAAAUACGUUGAAGAGAAUGUUGAGCUUAAAGCUAAAGUUGAAAAAUUGAAUUCCGAAGUUGCAAACCAGUCUGUUGAACAGAACAAUUUGAAAGAUCUUCUUGGUGAAAAAGAUAAAAAUAUCACACAGUUAGAAGAUGAAUUGAAACAAAAAACCGAAUCCGAAAACGAAGAGAAGAGUCUUCUCGAUGAAAAAAUUGACGAAUUGACAAAAGAACUCGAACUACUUCGCAAUAGUCAGCUAACGCCAGAGAAAAAGCUUAGUGAAAGCUCAUCGGGCAAACAGAGUGUUGACGAUGAUUUCAUUGUUGUUCCUGUCCUUGAAACUGAUCCUCAAGUUGCCGUUGCAACAGAUAAAAAACAAGAACUCGAAGAAAAAAUUGAUCAAUUAAACAACCAAAUAGCUGAGUUAUUGGCUGAAAAUUCCACAUAUCAAUCGAAGAUUCAAGACCUAGAAAUGGAAAAGUCACUCUCUGUGUCACAAUUGGAGAUGUCCAUUGAAGAAUUGAAAGUUAAACUAGGAAGAAGUGAGCGAGAAUUAAAUGGUCUCCAAGAACGUUUCGGGGUACUUGAUUCGGAAAAACAAAAAAUAGAUGGCACUUUUGUUGAACAAAAGGCUCUAGCCCAACGUCUUCUCAAAGAGAAUCAUUCCUUAAAGCUAGAAAUGGAAACAAUCAAUGAAAAUAUGACCAAAUGCGAAGCAAAUGCUUCAGAUGUCGAAUCUAAACUUAUGAUGGAAAAUGUUGAUCUUCAGAAAAAACUGAUCGAUAUGGAAUCCAGUCUUAAUCAAACUUCGACAAGUUCUGGAAGCUCAUCAGAUCUGGAUCAUAUAAAGAAUCUUCUCGCAACCUACACUAAGAUCGAACUUAACGAAGCCAACAAAGAUACUGUUGAGUCGGCUUUUAAGCAAAUCCGUGAUAAAAUUUGGCAAAUUGAAGUUCUUGAAAAAAAUUUAUCACAAAUGUCUGAAGAAAUUUUAGAUCUUCAAGAGAACAAACUGUCCUGGGAUCAUGAGAAAAAGACGUUGGAAGCUGAUAUUGGUCAAUAUAUCAUUCAAUGUGAUGAACUUAUGAAGAAUAAUGAAAUAUUGCUGAACGAAUUGGAGAACUACAAGCGAAAUAAACUCGAGACAAUAUCAGAAAAUAACGAAGAAAAUCUUCUUUUGCUCGAAAAUCAAUUAGACGAAUGUCGUAGUCUCAAUACUACACUCGAAGAAGAGUAUCGUGAGUUAAAUGAUAAAAUAUCUGAACUCGAGAAUGAAAAGCAAGAACUGGUAAAUCAACUGAAUACAGUUCAAGACAUUAAUUCAACCAUGUUGACCGAUCAGAAGAAGCUUCAUGAACAACUUGAAGCUUUGGAAGCUGAAAAAUCAAACUUGUUAUUCGAAUUCAAUGAGAUGAAGUCAGAUGAUAGGGAAAAUGAAGUUGAUCAGCAACUGACCGAACAGAAAGAACAAACAGCAAAUUUGGAAAAACAAAUUGAACGUCUAAACGCAGAUCUUUCGGAUGCAGUUCAAGCUUUGCAAACACAAAAACAGAGCCUUUUAGAAGCGAAGAAAGAGAUCGAACAACUUGAACAACAACAUCGCCACAAAGACAUAGCUCUAUCCAAAAUGGAUGCAAGGAUUCAAGAACUCUCUCAAGAAGAACAUAAAGAUUCAUCAGCUUUGGAAUCUAUGAAAAUUGAUAACGAACAUCUUCAAAAGAAAAUCAAUUUGCUUAGCGAAGAAAAAGCAACUCAUUUAGAAAAAUUAGCAAAACUUGAAAGCGAUUUGCUGGCAAACGCCGAUUUAGAAAAAACCAUUGAAUCUUUAAAUUUCGAAAAGAAUGAAAUUAUAAAAACUCUUCAAUCUAAACAUUCGGAGAAUAUGCAAUACUAUAUGGAAAUUCAGCGAUUAAGUCAAUUGCUUCAAACUGCUGAAUUAGAAAAGACACAGCUUUCGGCUAAAACUUGUGAGCAAUGUGAAAAGUUGGCAGCUAAAAUUGCUGCCGAUGCUGCAGAAACAGAAAAACUACAAGAUCAAAUAACGUUCCUUCGUGAAAAAUCUGACAUCUUGACGAGUAAUCUUUUAACCGAACAAACUAAUCAGAAAUUGCUUCAGCAGGAAAAGGCUGAAUUGGCUGAAUCGAAUUCGAAUUUGCGUAAAGAUUUAGAGCGUUUACGUGAGCAUUUGGUGGAGUUGGAAGAAUCGCAUACACAGGAAACAAUUGAAAUGCAGAGCAUCAUAGAUGAAACAAAAGAACAAAUGAGCAUACUGCAAGGUGAAGUGUCCAAGUCUAGCAAUGCUUAUACUUCGGCAAGUAUUCGUGCCAAUCAGCAUGCUGAAACCUUGCAGGCGCAAUAUGCACUAGUUACACAACAACGUGAUGAAUUAGUUGCCAAGCUGAGCUUAGCCGAAGAUCGUGAAUCGAAAAAUCAAGCUGCACUUGUUAACCUACAAUGUGCAUUGGAGCAGUUCCAAAAUGAUAAAGAUAAUGAAAUUAAAAUUGCCACUCAAAAACUUCGGCGUGAUCUGAAAUUGGAGCAAUCAAAGCAAAAGAAGCUAGAAGAUGAUAUUGCAUCUUUAAAUCAACAACUAGCCGAUGCCAAUCAAGGAUUACGAGCGGCUUCUAGGCUUUCCGAUCAACUAGAAAGCUCACAGAUGGCUAUUGCCAAACUGAAUGAAGAAGUUGGCAAACUAAUGGAUAAAAAUUCAUCACUUAGUGAAGAGCUGAAAAAGAGUGAAUCUAGUCAAACGGAUAAGAUCGAAAAAAAUCUUAUCAAGAGUCUUGUGAUCGGAUAUGUGGUUAGUGGCAAUAUCAACGACAAAAAUCAGGUUUUACGCAUGAUAACCGCUGUCUUGGACUUUAAUCAAGCCGAAACGGAUAAAGUUGGAUUGAAUAAGCAACAAUCAACGUGGUUUGGUUCGAUUAUACCACCAAUUCCAGGCACUCAAACAAAAGACAAUCUUGUUCAAGCCUUUGUACAUUUCCUUGAACAAGAAUCACAACCCAGACCUAAAUCAAAUAAUGUGCCCAAUCUAUUGAAUUUAACCACCCAGAGUACAACAACAACAUCAAAUCCGAGUGGCGGACCGUCUGGGUCAUCAACAAGUGCAAGUAGAAAAUCAUCAAACUGUGAUCCCAUGGUUAGGCCAUCAACAGCGGGUGUAGUUCAACCAAUCCUACUUAAUACAACAGUCCUAGAUGAUUUUACUCCUUCGAGAAAUUCCAGUUCAAUACUUAAGGAUAUCCUCAGUGAUUCCUGAUACAAUAUAUAAUUUUAAAA